UGAUCCCAACUUCUUCUUUCCCGGAAAACCCCUUUCCCCCAUCCUCCCAAUUCUUCGUCUUCUCAGUAAUGGACCUGAACCUCAUACCACACCAAAACCCGUUUCUGCACCUAAUAACCCAUCACAACCCAGUCCCCACCAAUCACAGCCGUACUUGACAUGUCACCACCGUUACCACCACUUCAACCAAUCACAAGCCGCCACAUCACCACCCUCCCCGAACUCUUCCUCACGGCCCUCUCCAUCUGCUGCUUCCUCUUCCCCUCAAAGUCUUGCCCUUUCCCUUUCCCUUCCCGCCCCCGCCGAUUCCUCAAAAUCUCCACCAUGUCCCUCCCACCGCAUAUUCUCAAAACCCACCAUAGCCAUAGCUUCACCACCCCACAGUCCCUCUCCGAAUGGCUCAAGCCCCGCUUGUCCUCCGACUCAUUUGCCUCCUGGGGCGUCAAACCGGGCACCAAGAACGUCCAUAAUCUCUGGCUCGAGCUGGCAGAGGGCGAGACCUCGAUCGACGAUUCCAUCCCUCCGGUUCGCACGGUUCAAGUCGUUACAGUCCGAGUCAUCGACAAACAUAACCGGGUCCUCAUCGAGACCCGACAGGAGCUGUCAGAUGGUAGUUCGAGGGACCGAAACCGGCCCUUAUCGGAGAAGAUGAAGCCGGACGAGACGCCCGAAUCAGCCGUUUAUCGCGCGGUGAGGGAAGAGCUCGGUCAGAUAAUCAAAGGAUCGGUGGGCGAUUCAGAGAAUGAAGGCGCUGUGAGGAUCGUUCCGGGGUCGUACCAGAAGAAAGUGGAGGAGAGGAAUUCGGCCUCGUAUCCCGGUUUGCCGGCUUGUUACGUGUUGCAUUCGGUAGACGCGGUGGUUGAGGGAUUGCCGGAGGGGGAGUUUUGCACGGAGGAGGAGGAGUAUCGGGAUUGCGAGGAGAAUUGGAGAGCAAUGGCUGGCGAGGCAGUGUCAGUGAAGAAGCAUUAUUGGGAAUGGGUUAGUGCGGAUUCGAUAAAAUCUUGAUGUUGGUUUGUUGAGUUGAGUUGAAUUUGUUGGAGUUUAAGGCAUGACAAAUUUUGCGUCUUGUUUACUUUUUCAUCUUUUGUUUAUGUUUGGCAUUAUAAGAUUACGUUUCUUCUUGUUGUUGAUGAUGAUGACGAUGAUAAUGUAUAUAUGAAGGAUUAUUAAUACAUUUUAUAGCAAGGGGAAGUGCUCGAAUGGAUUUUGAGAUUAAUGUGAAUAUAGCCUCUGCGCAAAUUUUUAUUAA